UGGCCCGAGGGAAGGCCGGGCAGGCCAGGGCCCCAGAUGGUUCCUGUCAGGGAAGUCGCGGGCGCAGCUGCAGGCCCCGGCCCGGCAUUAUCACGGGGACACAGCUGGCUGCCUCACCCACAGGCUGCAGGGAGACCUUCCCCCGCCUGCAGCCCCAGGCCCGCCCCGAGUCACAUGAGCCCCGGGGCUCCCACCCCCUCCCCAGGGCUGAGGACACCCAGUCGGCAGCCAGCAGGCCCCGGCUUUCCAGGGACAGAGGCCCAACUCCAGGACAUCCCAGCUGGCCCAGCCCCUCCUCCUUCGCUUGAGGCCCCCGGAGGUCGGGAAAGGCGGUCCCGGAAGAGGCCUGUCCUGGGCCCCAGGCCGGCCCCUGAGCGUGGCCCUCCCCAUGCCGGCUCCGAGACUGAGGGACAGGUUGGCUGGUUCAGCCUCGGGGUCCACCUGCCGCUCCAUGUCGCAGACGCACCCCGUGCUGGAGAGCGGCCUCCUGGCAUCUGCCGGCUGCUCAGCUCCCCGGGGUCCCAGGAAGGGCGGCCCAGGCCCAGUGGACAGGAAGGCUAAGGCCUCAGCGAUGCCGGACUCCCCAGCGGAGGUGAAGACACAGCCUCAGUCCACACCCCCCAGCAUGCCGCCCCCACCACCUGCCACGUCCCAGGGAGCCACACGCCCCCCGUCCUUCACACCACACACACAUCGAGAGGACGGGCCUGCAGCACUGCCCCACGGCCGUUUUCAUGGCUGCUUAAAAUGGUCUAUGGUCUGUCUCUUGAUGAACGGAAGCAGCCCCUCGCCAACAGCCAUCAACGGCGCACCAUCGACACCCAACGGCUUCAGCGAUGGCCCGGCCACCUCGUCCACGGCCUCCCUGUCCACACAGCAGCUGCCCCCGGCCUGCGGGGCCCGGCAGCUCAGCAAGCUCAAGCGCUUCCUCACCACCCUGCAGCAGUUCGGCAGCGACAUCUCCCCAGAGAUCGGGGAGCGGGUGCGCACGCUGGUGCUGGGCCUGGUGAACUCGACGCUGACGAUCGAGGAGUUUCACUGCAAGCUUCAGGAGGCCACCAACUUCCCUCUGCGGCCCUUCGUCAUUCCUUUCCUGAAGGCAAACCUGCCCUUGCUGCAGCGGGAGCUCCUGCACUGUGCCCGGCUGGCCAAGCAGACACCCGCCCAGUACCUGGCCCAGCACGAGCAGCUCCUGCUGGACGCCAGUGCCUCCUCCCCCGUCGACUCCUCAGAGCUGCUGCUGGAAGUCAACGAGAACGGCAAGAGGAGGACGCCCGACAGGACCAAAGAGAAUGGGUCGGACCGUGACCCGCUGCACCCUGAGCACGUUGGCAAACGGCCAUGCACCCUGAACCCUGCCCAGCGCUACAGCCCCAGCAACGGGCCAGCACAGCCCCCACCGCACUACCGCCUGGAGGACAUGGCCGUGGCCCACCACUUCCGAGACCCCUACCGCCACCCAGACCCCCAGGAGCUGCGGGAGCGCCAGCGGCCGCUCGUGGUGCCUGGGUCCCGGCAGGAGGAAGUGAUCGACCACAAGCUCACCGAGCGUGAGUGGGCAGAAGAGUGGAAGCACCUCAACAACCUCCUGAACUGCAUCAUGGACAUGGUGGAGAAGACGCGGCGCUCGCUCACGGUGCUGCGCCGCUGCCAGGAGGCUGACCGCGAGGAGCUCAACCACUGGGCGCGGCGCUUCAGCGACACGGAGGACGUGAAGAAGGGCCCCACUCCUGCCAGCGCCCGGCCCCGCAGCAGCUCUGCCGGCCCCGAAGGGGCUCAGCCAGACAUCCCCCGGGAGUUCCUGCCGAGGACCCUCACCAGCUACAUGCCUGAGGACAUCUGGAGGAAGGCGGAAGAGGCGGUGAAUGAGGUGAAGCGCCAGGCGAUGUCAGAGCUGCAGAAAGCCGUGUCGGACGCAGAGCGCAAAGCGCACGAGCUCAUCACCACGGAGCGCGCCAAGAUGGAGCGGGCCCUGGCCGAGGCCAAGCGGCAGGCCUCCGAGGACGCGCUGACGGUGGUCAACCAGCAGGAGGACUCCAGCGAGAGCUGCUGGAACUGUGGGCGGAAGGCCAGCGAGACAUGCAGCGGCUGCAACGCGGCACGCUACUGCGGGUCCUUCUGCCAGCAUCGGGACUGGGAGAAGCACCACCACGUGUGCGGCCAGAGCUUGCAGGGCCCUGUGGCCGUGGUGGCUGACCCGGUGCCCGGACCACCCGACACCGCCAACGGCCUGGGCCCCUCCCUGCCCAUGGGUGCUGCCAGCCCCAGCGAAGCCGGCUCUGCGGGGCCUUCUCGCCCCGGCUCUCCCAGCCUACCUGGCCCUCUGGACGCCGUGCCCCGCUGACCCGACUGGCCCCCGACCUGCUGGACACAGUACCCUGCCGACCCCACCCAGCUCUGGGCCCUCCGGAUGCCCAAUGCCCGGCCCGCCAGACGCUGCGCCCUGCCCAGCCCCAGGGAGCCGACCAAUUAGAGUCAGUGCUGCUACUGCCCCUCUCCAAAAGAAGACCCGGAACCAACAGAACCGCACCCAGUGCACCUGCCUCAGCUGCCUGAUGAUUCCGCGCACAGACCUCCUGGCGGCCUCUCUCCUCAGGCGUCUGCAGAAGCCUCCACUGAGCUUUAGAUGGCAGAACGAUGCCGCUGGAGUGUUGGCUCUGCCUGCCCAUCUCUUUCUCUCCCCCCAGCCCGUCUUCUCUCUCCUCUCCCCUCUGUCUCUGUGACUAUCACACACUUCGUCUUCAAUGACAAAUUCUAAUUGGUGGCUUACACUUUCAGCAAAGAAUUUGGGGGGGUUUUGUUUGUUGGCAAAAGAGCUACUCAGAAAUGGACAAAGAAAACUGUGGGGGUUCUCCCUCUCCUGAUGGAAAAGGGAGAAAGAAAGCUGUGAUUUUAUAGCUGGAGAUCUGCGCGCCAGGUGGGCCCCUCCCCCAGGGGCCUGAGGCAGAUUCUGGAAGACGGAAGGAAAGAUUUCAGUUUCUGACUCAAGAAGCAUUAUUGGUUUCAGAUUUUUUUUUUUUCCUAUAAUGUUAAACUCUUUGGCUUUAAGUAAAAAUCCAAAAAGUUUUUUAUAAAAGCAAAGGAAGCAUACUUGUGAACUACCUUGCUAGCUAGCCAGCCAAGGAUACCGGACACACCUCUGCUCCAAAGGAAAUCCAAAAACGCAAACACAAGACAUCAAAAUCCAAAAUCUGUUUGUUACUGCCAAAGUAUUUCUCCCACCGUAUUCCUUGCUCUUGGGUUUGUUUGGACGUGGGUCUUUUCUGUUUCAGUUUUGUUUGUGGGGUGUCGGGGUAUUGGGACGUGGAGGGUUUGCGCCCAGUGAGAAGCGACAUCUGUUUCCUUC